CGCUGGUGGUCCACGUUCGGUUGAACGUCUUCGACGAGAUAGCAACACUUCACGAGUGCGGCAAAAGAUCGAUUUCGAUUUCGGAACGAUGAUUCCAAUGAUGAGCCGUUUGUUUAUUUUGGUGUACCUUCUCGGCGCAUUGCUUCAGACGACGCUCCAACAACCGGUGGCGAUGGACGAAGCUGAGAAGGAUCGGACCAUACCGGCGAUUUACGGUACUCCACCCGAGCCGGCAGUGAAGGUGCUACGCGAGGCACGUCCCAUAACGGACCGGGAAAGUUUGCAAACUUCCGACGAUAUGCAGCAGUCAGAGUCGUACACGUACCGUUACUACCGUCCGUUGUACUACCCGGGGGUUUACUAUUCGUACUAUCCGCGCUACCGUUGGUACAGACCUUACUACUACUACGACUGGUGGUACUACUGAGCCGCCUUUCGCAGGCCACCCGAUUACUGAAAAAUGACCCGUACGAGCAGUGUGUUAGUUGUUACUCUUCCUAGAGUAGACGGAAGAUUCUUUCAUUGUGGAACACUCGUCAUUCUAUCCAAAAAACCGAUCCAAAGUGCCAAUCACAAGAUUGUUUUAUUUGCUUUUUAGAAUACGUUCUUUGUCACGCUAGAAUGAAUAAAAUUGACGUUCACCCUUUCCG